CAAGAGGGAAAAUUGCCAUAUUUAGAUCUCAACAUUCACAGAGAUAGAGAAAACAAACUCAGUACUUCAUGGUACACAAAACCCAGCUCAUCUCAGAGAUUACUCAAUUACAAUAGUAGACAUCCUCGUUAUACCAUCGUUAACGUUGCCCGGAACCUUAUUAGGAGAUCCAGAAUGCUCACCACCAAUCCGCAUGAGAAUGCUGAUAAUCAAGUGGCGAAUAUCCUCCGCAAAAACGAUUUCCCGGAGGGCGUGAUUGAGAGAUUGAUGAGACAGGGAGGGCGACCGGAUACUCGUGGUACUGUUGCGCUGGCUGACCAGAUGGAGUUCUUUCACACUCUUACCUACAUCAGGGGAGUCUCUGAGAAACUUCAGCGGAAGAUCAUGCGCGCCACAGGGAUAAGGGUUGCAUUCAAGCCCCCACGAAAAGUCGCAGAAUUCUUCUCCCACGUAAAGGAGCCGGUUCCAAUGGACAGGAGGUGCGAUGUGGUGUACAGUAUUCCUUGUAAGGAUUGCCAGAAACGGUACAUUGGGACUACGUCCCAGAUGUUGAAAAAUCGGCUCAGUGGACACAAAAGUGAUGUGGGUCCUCCCAUGAGAAAUUCCAAGGCAUCCUCGUUGUGCAUCCAUGUGGCUGCCACUGGACAUGAGUUUGACCUGAAAGCAACGAAGAUUAUUGAUCAGCACAGAAAUCACAGGAAACGAUUGAUUCUGGAGGCAGCUGACAUCAAGAAGAAUCUCUCCCGGAUCGUCAAUCGACGUGAGGAAUGCGCGGAUAUAAACAUUGCUUAUGCAGCAUUGCUGCAUGAAACAUGAAGGAAACCGCCAUGCCAUUAUGCCACUUAUGCUUAUCUCAAUGUUUGUAGGAUAACCCCUUCCCCUAUAAUUUCGAAAAUUUGUCAGUUAUGCCUCAGACAAUUGCCAAGAAAAGUCAGUUACAGUACAGUGAAAGAAAAUCAAAGAAAAAAGAGAAUCCCCCUACAUGAAAAUCAGCAAGAUCACUCAUUUCAGACGUUUGACGAUUCCCAAACAAAGACACAAUUGAGUAAGUUAGGAAAUUUUGAAAAAUUGGAAAAAUUGAAAGAGAUGAAAUAUUGAAAGAAAAAUUGUAAUUUAUUGAAAUGUUUAAUAAAAAUUCCAGCCACUGAGGAAGACGCACAGUAGCGUCGAAAGCUCUGGCCCCUAAAAUUGAAA